AUGUCGGUUGCUCUCGAGAUGAAGGUCGCAUUAUUACUGUUGUUUGUGACUCUGGCAGCAGCGUUCAAUGAUCGGGCGCGCUGGGGUGGUGGGUUUUAUGGCCCUGGAGGGGCACGUGGCGGUAUGAUUGGCGGGUUUGGCCCGAGGGGCUACGGACGGGCAGGGUAUAUACAGGGACCGUACGGGGGAACCAUAGCCGGGGGACAGUACGAGAUAAACGGUCCAAGGGGCGGGGUGCGUUAUGGGCGCGGUGUGUACGCGGGCGGCCCUCACUUUGGGGGUGGUGGCGGAGGGUUUAUUGGAGGCAACUUCAAUGAUUUCAAUGGCGGCUUUGGUAAUGGGGGAGGCUACGACGGUGGCUACGGAAAGAGAGUGUAA